AUGGAUAUUAGAGAAGAGCAUGAAGAAAUCUUGUUGGUUUUGGAAGAAAUAAUUUGCAUAUCCAAGUAUUUCCUUAUGCCAAAACCUAUUGACGAGGGCUGUACAGACGUUCAGUGGAAAGUGUUCAAGGGAUGUUUGGGAGCAUUAGAUGGUACUUAUGUCAAAGUUAGGGUUGCCCAAGAAGAUAAAGCGCGGUAUAGAAAUCGAAAGGGAGAUAUCUCGGUAAACGUGGUAGGUGUGUGCGAUGCAAGUAUGUGUUUUAGUUAUGUUUUGACUGGAUGGGAGGGUUCUGCGGCUGAUAGUAGAGUCCUUCGAGAUGCCGUUUGUAGACCGAAUGGUUUGAUAAUCCCCGACGGAAAUUACUAUCUUUGCGACAAUGGAUACACAAAUGGACAGGGUUUUUUAGCCCCGUAUAGAGGUGUGAGGUAUCACUUGGAUGAAUGGGAUGAAACUUCACAACAAUGGGUGUCGUGGAGGGACGAUAUUGCGAGAGCCAUGUACGAUGAGUGGAGCAGACGAUAG